AUCACGUCAAUGUUGCGAGGCGUUUCACCUGUCUUUAAUUGAGUUUAUGAGCGAAGAGAAGCUUCUGCUUGCAGAGUUGAACUAUACGGAUUAUAGUUUGGAGUUUUCUGUAGCUGACGACUAAAUAAUAAUAAUAUUCAAUUAAAAAAAUGUCACAAAAAGAUUUCCUGUUCGCCAUUGUAUCUACGUUUGUAAUAUUAAGCAGUAUAUUCACAGCCAAUUCUGAAAUACCGGUAAAAGCAAUGGAUGCCGAAACCAAUUCGCCAGCGCGCGCUCCGGAGAAAAAAGUGAGCUCCCGCUAUUUCGGUCUGCGGAGCUGUCACCAGGUGCUUCGCGGGGAGAGCGGCGAAUUCUUCUCCCCGGACUUCCUGUGCUCCAACCCGCCGCUGUGGUGCAACUGGACCAUCGCGGCGCCGCCGGGGAGACGCAUUCGCCUGCACCUGGACGACUACACGCCGGCCGACUCGUGCCACCUGAAGCGGGGCGAGAUCCACCUGGACGAGUCGCCGGGCUCCGGCAGGCACCGCACGCUGAGGCAGUGCUGGCGGAGCGCCGUGUACACGUCCGACUCCAGCACGCUGCACGUGGUGCUUCUCAUCAACGGCAGCCAGGAGCCCGCCUACCGCGGCUUCCGCGCCCGGUACCAAGCGUUCGGGCUGCCCCACGACGCGCCUCCGCCCCCUCCGCCCUCGUCCUCCCCCUCCCCCGCCCCCACGUGGGCAAAUAACGUGAACUGGGGUGGGGAAAUGGAGGAAACGGUGUUUACGGUACGCGAAGAGGAGGAGAAACCGGCGACGGAGCAGCCGCAGAUGGACGAUGAUCCAACCCUUCGCAAUUCAGCGGACCCCACAUCGCUAAAGGGAGGUAGCGUUUCCAAAUCCCCUUCGCCAGAGCAGCCCUUGAGAAGCACGCCGGCGGAACGAGCCAGCUCAGACGCUUCCCCCCCCCAGUCCGGAGAGUCUGACCCACGGGCGGGGGAGGCCGAGGACUCGGGGCUGACGAAGGAGGGCCACCGCCCACGGACUCUGAGGACUCGGGGGGAGGAGGACCUCGGAUCCGUUGACCCGCCCGACCAGGGUCCCGUGGAAAAACAUCCCGCGCCCGCCGACGUCACGCCGCCCCCUCCCCGUGUCACCGACUCGCCGUCCGAAAUCUCGAGCUCCGCCCCGUCCUCAGAACUCUGGGAGGAGGAGCCGGAUUACGACGCCUCCGAGCCGGGGUCCCGGAGCACGAGGAAGCUGAGGCAGGACUGGGACGAGGACACGGGCCCGGGACGUCCCGCCGUCACGGACGACAGCGACCCCCCCUCGGGCACCGUCGAAAGGCAGGGGACCGAAAUCUCCAGGCGAGGGGGUUCGGUCAAACCUUCGGGGACCCCUCCAGCGCCGGAGGACAGUCUGAGAGAGAGCGCCGACUCAGCCCGAUACCUCAGGAACACCAGCACGCUGGCGUCUUUACCCGGAGAUAAUUUGUUUGAAGUGUCGGUGGAAGUCCGUUUGGCUCUGGAGGGAAACGAGAACUGGGACCACCUGGUGCGUCUGGUCAUGUCGUCCGUGCAGACCAUGAUCCAGGACGAGCUGAGAGCUCACGUGGUGCCUAAGAGCAUAUCCUCCAUACGAAUUAAGAGGUUGAGUGGGGGGGUUCUGUACAUCUUCUGGCUGCAGUUCGGGGACGGCCUGGAGAGCCUGCAGGUGCACAGGUUCCUGCUCAUGGCGCUGCCGCGGCUGCAGCGCGCUCUGACCCCGCCCGCCCACCACCCCCGCCCCUCAGACGUCAACGAGUGCGGGACGCAGGUGGUGCUGUGCGACGUCAACGCGGAGUGCAUCAACCGCUUCGGCUCCUACGCCUGCCGGUGCCGCCCGGGGUUCGAGGACAGGUCCCGGCUGGGCUCGGGGGGUACGGCCUGCGUGGCCCCCACAGGAACAGGCCCCUCCCAGUCGCAGCCCCCCUCCUCCUCCUCCCCCGGGCUUCUGAACUGCCUGUACGGCCUCUGCUUCCUGCUCGGCUUCUUCGUCGUCCUGCUGCUGUGCAUUGUGGGUGCGCAGUACCGCCGCCACCACCGGGGGGCGUUCAUGGUGCCCUGCCACGGCCACGAAAACGGCGGCAGCAGUAGCAGCAGCGGCGGCGGCGGCAGCGGAGACGGCGACGGGGGGGGCGCUCGCAACGGCUCCCGGCUGCCCCCGCCCCCCCCGCCGGUGAGGAGGCCACGGGACGGGUGGAGCGACCCCAAGGACAAGUGCCCCUCCGCGGACCUGCCCCUGCUGAAGUUCGCCCCCCUCGCACCCAACGGGGACGGGACGCAGCACCAGGAGCAGGAGGAGGGGGAUAAACUAUAGCCUGGCUGCGGUCUCCGUGCAACAGCAGUGGGGGUACUGGGGUCUGGAACAGACUGUCCGGCGACCACAACUCAGACUUAUUUCUUUCUUGUGUUCUCUCUCUGUUUUUCUUUCCUUCCUCUGUCCCGAGUUUAUAUUGGUCCAAUCCCUUGGCUUCUCUCCGUGUUUGAUUUGGACGUUACUGUGAAAUCAGUUUUUUUUCUCUUCCCUUUUUCAUUCUUUCUUUCUUUGAAAGUGAAACCAUGACUAUGGUCAAUAUUCAUAUUUGAGCGAUGAAUUAUAAUUCACAGGAGAUUUACUGCAGCUAAAGAGCAGCUGAUGACAAUGCCAAUGCAUUUUGUACAGUUGCCCAGAAUUGAGCUGUUUAGUAGCCCUGUGGGCCUGGUCUGGUUGUUGGUUGCUUUAUUAAAUCCCCCCACUAGGGGCAGCGUUGACUGCACAAACGUACCAAUGAAUUCACCUGCUGGGGAAUAAUUCUCAUAACAAAUAAAUGCAAGUAUGAAGCAGUA